AUGCUGUCAUUACUGCUAGUAACUACCGUCCGGUUCAUUCUCGUGUGUAUAGAGGCAAUAGAUUAUCCUGGUGGUUGGCUGCCAAAUAACAAACAAUGUGUAAACAUUUGUGUGCACGGCUCUCCAUAUCCAACCUGCCCAACACAAGACCCAUCAUGUCUCGCCAAAAAACAGCGACCAGGCGACUACGACUUUUUGGUGCUGGAACAACUUUUCCUGCCACAAUUUUGCCGCGAUUUGCUUGCAGGAGUGGAUCUCACAAGAUCUCACCACAAUGUGAAUAAAUAUCCACGAGGUAUCAAAUGCGAUCCUUCCAAGGCAGUUAGCAAGCUCUCUAUCCAUGGUCUUUGGCCCAACUACGAGAGCGGAUUUUCCGCGUGCUGUAACAUAAGCAAUGUUGUCCGGAACAAGCCACUAGAUCCGCUAGGCUAUGCUGCAGAGUCAGCUGAGCUACUGAGAGAGAUGAACGAGGUAUGGGUAGAUCCGACACAGCCUUCGAGUGUCCGCACUCUGUGUGAGCUGUACAACCACGAGUUUCAGAAACACGGACUGUGCUACGCAGCUAAUGGUGGAGAGGAUUUUAAUUUUAGCGCCCGCGAGUAUUUUCGCGCGGCGAUUCGUGCUGCCGCUGUGUACAGGGAGGCCACAUCGACGAUAAACCUGUGGGCGUCUGCAAGUAAUCCGAAGACAACACUAAGUGCUAUCACUGCGCUGUAUUCAACGCGAGUGCAGGUUUUGUGCUCGGCCGUUGAACCAAUAAGAGGACCUGUUCUCGACGAAUUUGUUUGUUCCGUGUAA